GGAAGUGUGCUGUAAACAGCAGCGCAGGGAGACGGUGAAACCGACUGUCCUCUCAGUCAGACACCAUGUCGAACAGCGGGGAGAUCCGAUACUGUCACAGGUUUUCCUACUUGGUCCUUAAAUUCACGCUGUUCACAUAUGCUAUCAUCUGGUGGGUGAGUACCGUCAACAUUAUUAUUGACUGAGAGGAGCGCGCGCGUUUCCACAAUAAACCAUUUCGGUCUCGAGGGGGGUAGAUUAGAUCGGGCAGGGUGUGUGCGCGAGUGUGUGUGUGUGUGUGUCGGUGUGUUUUAACAGGUGCUGCAGCUCUGCUCCUGGGGGAAAAAAAGUUUACAGUUUGUGUUUCAUAUCGAGAAACACUGGCUCAAGUUUGAACCUGUUUCUAAGUCGCAGUGUUUAGUUUUUUAAUUUCGUGCAGUGACAGGUGUACACGGCUACCUGUGGCGUGCUGUUAUUCUGCAGACUUCGAGAGUCUUUGCUACUACGCUGUAGCCACACCCUCCUCGUCCACCUUUACCCAACUCUACCUGUACAACCCCUGUCAGUCAGGUAAACUCAGUGAGAGAACAGAGCAGAGAAAGAAAAAGGGGAACGGCAUCAUGUGGAUUUCCUAGGAGCUGUUGAUGCGUGUUUUAAUGUGACCUGCUGUGGUCAGUCUGAUCCACGCCAUGAGUCAUGAGUGGGUCACCACAUUACAGACAGCAACAUGUAUUCAGACAGUGAUGACCUGCUCACACUGACCAAAUUGUUAUUGUGGUAUUGCUAGGCAGACUUGGGAUCCUGAAUUCAAGGCAGAAGCAAAAAACAUUCAAGAAUAUAUUUUACUGAGAUUUUGUCACUAAAAUAGGAUUUUCCCCCUUUUUGUAAAUGCUUAAACAGUCAGCCCUCUUGUUCAGACAUGAGUCAACUCUCUAAUCCGUCACUGAGCUCAUUCUAGUGGCAGGUUUGGUUAACUGUCUCUAAACCCUGUUGAAGACUGAGCAUCAGAGUUAGAUUAAGAUACUGAUUUGGUGUUGUUUUUGAUUGAAUAAUGGUUUGUAUAGCUAAAAAAUUGUCUCUCUGGCUAAAGUUUGGUAUUCUAAAGUUUUGCUGUUUUUUUUUCUGCAAUAAAUUACAUUCAAUGGAGCAUGUGAAAUUUAUUGACAAUGAAGUCCAAACAGGGGUGGCACAGUGGGGUAGUGGUUAGCAGCGUCGCCUCACAGCAAGAAGGUCCUGGGUUUUAAUCCAGGUCAGGGUGUUUCUGUGUGUAGUUUGCAUGUUCUCCCUGUGUCUGUGUGGGUUUACUCUGGGUACUCCGGUUUCCUCCCACUUCCCAAAAACAUGCAGAAGUGGUGUUAGGUUAAAUGGCCACUCUCAAAUAACCCGUAGCUGUGGAUGGUUGUUAGCAGGAUCCAGUGACUUUUUCAGUCUUUUUACACUUUUUAUCACUCCACCAGCGCUAGCAAAGCCUGGUCUUUUCUACUUUUGAGUCCACCUUUUCAUUUGGUCACCAUUCAGCUCCUUGUGUCUGAUAAUGUACCUCACUUCUUAUCUUUUCUGGUGACUGAUCAGCCAAUAAAUGUGAAACUGAAACUGAAGUCCUCCUUCCCUCCCAAAAUUCAAAGUGAUACUGAAGACAUCCUCCACUGAUAGAGAAUGAUAACAGAAACAAACCUUUCUGCCACAGUGUCAACAAGCAGUGGAGCAUUGUGCUAGACCCCUUUUCAAAGAGUGACUCAUUGUGUCGGAUCAUUAUGACACACAGUAAACCUCUGCAUGUCAGCCUUGAUCAGUGCUCUUUCUCUGCCCUGUAUGUAUUAAGCCAAAUGAGGAAAAAGAGGGAACAACUGACCAGACCACUGUGUACAACUUCAUCUGAAAUACAACUGUGUGUAGUCAUCAAAACUCUUCAUAAUGUUUGCAGCAAGGCAACUUAAGAUGUCUAAUUAAUCAUUCAAACGUGUGUGUCCGACUUUGACAUGCUUUCGUUUUUAUCAGAGUUCGACAUAAUACUGCUCUCUCACCUACUUUUUAAGUUACUGUGGCUCAACAGUGUCUAAGUGCGACGUUUUUGUCAGGCGGUUAUUUGUUGAAAGUCGUUCAGUUUAAUUCCAACAACCCUGAGAGGGACUGAACGAGAGAUGGGACUCAUUUGUUGUGGGAUCGAUCCAGUGUUGGCUGUUAGUCACUUCCUGAAAACACAAAGCGCUGGGAAGGAUGAAUUUGAUUCAUUGCUCCCUGUCUGCCUUAUUUGUUUUACAGCUAUUCUGUAUGUCAUUUUCACCAAAAUAAGACACAGUAACAUUAGCCAUGAGCUCUAGUUGAUUAAAUCUUUGACACUGGUUUAUAGAAGAGAGGAAAAUGCGACUGGAGGUAAAAUUUGGACUAAGUAGUCCAAAGUUCCGUAGACAAAAACAUCUUGUCUUUUACUGUGAACAUUGUUUGAGGAACGUAUAAACUAAAACCUUACCUGUCAGUGUGGUGUUAAAUCUUUUGUCAAACACUGAGCUGGUGGCCGAGGUGACAGGGAAACUAUACAAAAAGAAGUCAGUUGCCUGGUGGUCUGGUUUGCUUUUGUAAAUCAUGUGACGCAGUUAUUCCAGGUUCAAGUGUUGCUGGUAGAGGAGAAAGGUGUAAUAAAGUGUUGAGCAGAGAUCAUGCUCUGUUAAACAUGCUUCAUUACCUGCUUCAGAGUCAUUAAAUGAUAAUGAAACAGUGAAAGUAAAGAAGGUACAUUUUCUCAGCCAUAAAAACAGCAAAUGUAAUCGGAAAUGGAAACUCAGCAGUUUAAGAGGCACCGACCUCAUAGUUUGACCCCUUGGUCAGUUUCACUGGUAACUUAAAGUCAUAAUGAACACCUUGCAGAUGACGCUUGUUUUAACAAAUGUCUUCUGAAGAAGAAAUUUGACAAACAAGAAAGCAGAUCCUCUGAUGGCUUCGAUUAUGCUGCUUUUUGUUCAACACAGCCAAACUGCAGCUGCUCUCUUUCAUACACAACAUGACAGAUUGAACAUUUGUGCAGACAGAUGGCUGAUUGACACAACAUAUACUUACAGUAACUAUCACUUACUUGUUUUAUCUUGGAGGCAUUUUUCAAGAGUUUUGUUUUUCACAAAGAGAAGGAGAGAGAGGAAACUGGUGAGGCUAAGAGCAACAGAGGAAACAUUUAAGUGUUUUGAAAUGGAGAAUGAAUGCUUCCUUAAUAGUGGAGGUGAAACAGAUUGUCAAGUUAUAUUUACUUUGUCCUUACAACUUGUCAAUUCAGUCAUGCUAAAGAGAUACGCACAUUUCAUACAGGAGAAUAAAGAGCAUUUUAGGUCAAUAGUUACGUCUCACAGGAAAUGUGGACAGCAGUAAAUGUUCACUCUCAGCAUCAAACAGUUCCCUCAGUGUCAAAUUCAGCACCCACAGAUUUCUGCUGUAUUAUUUCAUGAAACUGAUGUGGGAGUAAUAAAAGGUUAUGAUUAGUUUGCUACAUAUUAUGAUUUGCAAGUUUUUCCACGUUUCUUAAAAUUAGGGUCGCAAACAACACAUGCUGACACUAGACAGCCUAGAAUGCUUUAUAUCAUAUUCUUAUUUUAAAGGGAUAGUCAGACACAUGAUUUUGACCUUAAAGCUCUCAUCUCAAACCUGUCAUCUGACUUUUUUGUAAAUGUAUAUAUAAAAAAGACACUUUUAAAAGCAUUUGAACUAUUCUUUAAUAGUAUAGAUCUAAUAAGAUAGUGACCUAAUUCAGUUUCCAAAACAGGAUGUUCGCACACGAGGGUCCAGCUGCCCAGGCUGCAAACAGCCAAGUGAAAUAACAGAUGGUAGAGGAACAAUGCAAAGUGAAGAUUUGUUUUUUCCUGCCCAUAUUUCAAAACUGUGUGAGUCAUUCACUGUAGACACUGUAAUGUAAUCUAAUGUAGUUUAAUGCUGGAUGACUAAAUGCAUCACACGAACAAACUGAAACCAAAACUAUAGCUUAAAUAUUUGUCUGAUUUUAUUAUCUCAAAGAUAAAGUUUUACAGUCUUUUAAAGCCACCCUCACACAUAUUCCUGUUCUUAUUUAGUGGUACUGGGUUAUGAUAAGAUGCUUGAAACAAUAUUUUGUCUGUUUUUUUAUAACCAUCUGUCCUCAUCUAACAAAUUUAAGAAUCAUUUUCUGAAACAUGAAUCCAAACUAUCACCAGUUUUGCACUUUAAAAGUGACCCCCUCAAAUAUGACCCCAGUUCCAAACUGAGUGCUUCCAUGUUUUAGUUUCACUUUGGGCGGCUGUAUGCGGUUAUCUGUUUUUCUAAACCCGUGUUGACCUUGCAGAGCCUGACUGAGCACAUACUAUUUAACCACAGCUCAUGCAGACAUUAACACACAGAGACUUCCUACUUUAACAGAGGUCUUUGACUUUUGACCGCUGAGCAGUUGUUAUUGUUUUGUAAUACAGGACCAUGAGUGUUAUUGAUUGACAAAACAGAUGUUGUGUGAGGAAAUAUUAGUAAAUUCAGUCCUUAUUUUCUAGUUUAAUAGUAUUGUCCACCACAUUAUUAUACCCCUGCUUGCUCCAUGAGAGAAUUAUGAGCUUUUACACGCUUUGGUGUCUUUAAUCCAAGAUACUGAAGUGUCAAAUUGCCACUGUUUAGCAUGUUUUUGUUUACUGUUUCCUCACUAGUUUACCAUAUAAGAAUGAUCCUAGAGGGUGAGGGGUCUUGUUUCUGUCCUUAUAUCAGAUAUAUCCAUCCACCCAGGAUCAGGUCUCGAUGGCAGCAGUCAAAGUUUAUCAAAUAGCCAUUUAACCCACCUUGCUCCCAGUGUGUGUCCUCCACUGGUUGCGAUGACUGUGAGUGGUAGUUAUGGUAGUUUCCCACCAGCAGGGUGUGACUGUGUGAGCGAAUGAAUGAUGUAUCCAAUGUAAAGCACUUUGAGGGUGUCUGAUAAAAAUCUGGUGCAUUAUGAUCAUUAUUAAAUGUCUGGACCACCUCAACUAACUUCUUUCAACAUGAUGGAGCAAUGGCUUUACCACAGAUUUUACUCCUGUUUUCGGAGCCCUUUACCCCGUCCUUACUGAGUGAAGUUCACAAUUGAUUUGAAUGCCUGAAUCUUUUGUGUCGACUCAAAAUCAAAGUUAAAGACGCACCUUUUUAGACUUGCUUUUAACUCUGACUAGGUAGUCCUGUACUUAUAGGUUUUUAGCACUUCUACAUACUAUUUUAUUGUAUUAUUUUAUUUUCAUAUUCAUUUUUAUUAUUUCAUCGUUCUUGUAUUUUCUAUUCUAUUGUAUUAUUUUAUAAUGGUAUUUUUUCUUGUGUUAUUUUAUUGCUUUUAUGUAAAGCACUUUGGGUACCAUUUGGGAUAUUGUAAAGUGCUAUAUAAAUAAAAUUUGAUUGAUUGAUUGAUUGACUCAUGAAUCAAUAAUCUGACCUCUUCACUCAUUCUUUCUUAUCACUGUCGAGAUAUUAAAGUCAAAAUGAUUUCCUUGAGUUUAGAUUUUUCUACUCUUGCAAAUAAAUUAAAUAAGUAAGUAGGGCAUUGAACACUUCAGGAAUUCACAUCACUCAGACAUCUGCAUAAUAUGCUCUUUCCAGAGGCCACAGAAAUUAGCAGAAAAAAAGAGUUUAAUGAAGAGAUCAUCACUCAUAAUUAUCUUUAUAAGGGAACUCAAAGGAACCUCUCAGUUUGUUCCUCUAAGUACCCUUGACUGAAGUGUGGACGGACAACCAGUUAGCAGAGAGACAUGCAGACCAGGGGCUCAUAUGGAGAAGACAUGUUGGUGGAUUAUAAACUGUGCUUGAACUUUUUGAGCCCUGGAUGACAUUUUAUGUAAAAACACUCCUCUACCUCCUCCUCCUCUUCCUCACUAAUAAAGUUCUGUCCUCAGCAGAAAGGCUUGAAGAAAUAGAGAGGCAAACAGUGGUUCGCAAAUGUGUUGAAGGUUCAAGUGUUUGUAUUAGCAACAUGCUGCAGUGUGUGUGUGUGUGUGUGUGUGUGUGUGUGUGUGUGUGUGUGUGUGUGUGUGUGUGUGUGUGUGUGUGUGUGUGUGUGUGUGUCUUCAUAAAAGGUGUGAAAUAUCUGUCAAACUCUAAAGCAGAAUGUUUUAUUAAGAGUGAGUGUUCUUAUUCUUACUUUUACCAUGGAGUCUUCUGCUUUUUUCCUAUUCAGAGGACUUUUAUUUUGAAGGGCUUGGUUUAAAACCUUAGAGAAUAUUUGGAUAUCUUGAUUAACGUAACAUUGUACUCCACAUAGAUUAUUGAGAUUAUUAAGUACAGUUUUUUCUUUUUUUUGUCUUGCAUCAUCUACUUUCAAUGUUGGCAUACUGAGACUUAUUAGACUUCAAAGCAUUGCCUGUGUAACACUGAACUACAACACAGCAUUUGCAUAAGUUUAUCACAGAGCUGCCAGUUUAGAUAUAUUCCAAAUUCCCACAUAGGUUUCCAAUUUCAGUCCUGAGCUUGUUUUCAACCUGCACAUUUGUAGAGUCGUCCCUCUGGGGCUCAGACACCAGUCUCAACAGUAAAAAUAAAACUUGAGUGGUGAUGUCUUCAUCUGAAGAGUGUUCACUUUUUGUAAUCCUGUAGCCAUAUAAGCAGUUUCCAAUUGAAGGUCCAGAUGUGUCAUUGUACAUGUCAGAAAAACUUAGCAAGUGAACGGGCACACUGAAGCCCCCUGGGUGCAGAAAGGAUCAAAAUGUUCUAUAAAUAGGUCAUCCUUCAUCUGCCUGAUCAUGUUGCAUGAUUUGCUCACAUGCUGUUUGGCUGACAUAAACCUGUGUAACAGUCCUUUUUAAUUUUAGACCUGCACAGUCACUUUACAGGCUGAUUUGUCUGUUAAGUGUGCGUAAUUUGUUAGUACUCACUUCAAUGUAAAGUUCAUGAACAGAGAAAGCUGUUGAGUAGACAAAUUUUCAUCAUGAACAGUUCAGCCUGGAGGCCUCUUUAGGAACAAAAUAAGGGUGUAUUAGAGCAAAACACAGUCAUCUCCAACCAUAACUGAAGUGUAAGACUACAAAUCAUGUUGGUAAUCUUCUCACAAAGACCUGAAUACAAAGAAGAGGAUGUCUUUAUGUUACUGUGAUCAGCUGUGCUGCUGAUGAAGGGCUGAUUUAUCAGCAAGCAUAUAAAUGAGUAACCAGAACACAUCUAAGUUAAAUUUCACAAGAUUACAUACUAUCGGCCUGAAAAGUUCAAAUAAGGAUCAAGUGUAAAAAUAUCAUUUUUCUUGAUUUUAUAGGUAAGCUGAACCUCAGUGCUAUACUUUGCUAUCAGAAUGCUAAAAAUAGCAGAAGCAUUAACAGACACUGAUUACAUGAUCAGCUGCAUCCAGACACUAAUUGAAAGCAGAUGAAGCCUUGAUGCAUGUUAAUGUGACUUUGAUGUAUGUUAAUGUGACAUGUAUGGGUUAAAAAGGGCACAAACUACCGACUGUGUCGCCUGCAAAUUAUGGUUGAAUGAGGAAUUAAGCUUGUGUCUCAAUUAGUGCUUCCUCUGUUGACAUGUGGAGAGCUCAGGUCUGUCUAUACUCUGGUCAGUGUGAACAGUUAUUGAAUUUUCCAUAUGGCAGUUCUGAAUUAAAGAGAUUUAUUAUAAUCUGAUGACACUGACCUUUUGGAGAAGGUAUAAUUUCCUAGUAAACAAGCCUUGAUGUCGUAUGUUCUCAGGAAUUGUGUUCAAUAAUGAGGAGCUGUGGAUGUUUCGAGCUGUUUUUGUGUCUCCACAAGCUGACUUUAUAAAGUAGACUUAAUAAAUGGAGCUGUGAAAGUCCCACUUAAGAUCAUAGUUCUUAGGUAUUCAAGGUGGACUUGUUGCUAAGAUUGGCUCCUAGUCUCAGGAGACUGGCACUGAUGGAUGCCUAGCUCUCCUCUCGUUCCUCUUCUGCUUCUAGCUUCUCUUGUCUCCAUCCGAACCCACCAUGUUAUCAUUGUACCGAGAGUUAUAGUCCUGGUCUAAACAGAGCUCUAAAUCCUCUCAGUUUUUCCCUUGUUGACAGUCUGGUUUCAAAUGUGCAUGUUUGACUUUAUUUUUCCCAGUUGACUCAGUAAGUGACAGUUUCUAGACACAUCCGCUGGAGGUUUUAACAGGAAAGUUUUUACUGUGAAAUAUGAUUCAAUUUCAAAACUGGGAACUAAACUUACUUCGAUGUAUUACUGUUUAUGUUUAGAUGUUCAGUCACUUUGCUUGAAGGGGAAAUCUUUAACAGUCUCUAAACAGCGAUAUUGUUUCCAUUUAGAUGUCAGAAAUUUAACUCCACCAUUAUAAAAAAGUGGAUUUAUCUUAAAUCCUAGCUGUUAAAAUUUGUAUGAAGUUCAAAUUUUCUUAAAGUACACAAUGCAAUCAUAAUAUCUUGCUUAUAAAGUGUGGGGGAUGUAUUUCUUUUGUUUCUGUUAUACCAUAACCCUACAAGAACAUGAACAAGACUUUUUUUCACAAGUCAAAAGACCUGUGAGAUACUGGCAGUCUGUCUGGCCAGUGUGUCUCUGUUCCAAAGCACUGAACUUACCUUACUUUCUUAUCAUAUCUAUCCAGUGUGUUGAAAUUGAUAACAUCAAAAACACUGUUGAGUCAAUGAUUUACUUCAAGGUUUCUAAGAUCACCAAAGUCAGUCUUGAAUUGAUAAGAUUAUUUUGUAGUGACCGAGUAAGACAAAAUUCAAGAUAAGUCAAGAUAAGUAAGGUCUCUUAUGUGUGUAUGUGUAUGUUUGUGUAUCUGUGAGUGUGUUUUGAUGCACUCUAAGUUCCCUGUAGAUCAUUCUGUCCAAAACUAAAGAGCUUCAGUGAAGCCAAUUAAAAGAAAGCUGUCAGUGAAAUGAAAAACUGAGCUAUUUGUUGCUGCAGUCCACUCCAAUCUGCUGAAGACAGAGAAUAUAAUUGGACCUUAAUUGAGCUGUUUGGUUUUGAGAGCUGGAGUUUUACACUCUGGAGGCUACAGGGAUUCUUACAGGUAGACGGGACAUGAGUAGGGGAGGUCUGAUGGUCAGGUUUGGUCUGCAGAGUAUUUAACCUGAGAUGGACUUUACAGCUAAGCGAGCAGUUCUCUGAGGCUUACACACUGACAUUACACUUAACAUUGAUGUGGAGCUUCAGGCCAGGUGCUCACAUUUGCAUGCUGAUUUACUCACAGUUAGAACACAAACAUGGAGAUCUUACACGAGUACUCUAGACAACCUGUUGGACCAAUGUUAUGAGUCAGUGAUCAAAGGUGAAUGUCAACAAACUAUGAUGCAUGAUCUGCAGUGUUACACCCUUGAAUUUUACAUUUGGGGACCAUGAAAAUUCUUCUUAUCAUGUCUGUCUGUAAAACUUAAAAGAUGACAUAACUUUUCUAACUUCAAGUAAGAACCAAAACAAAGUUUUCCCAGAAACACACAAAUAUAUGGACAAAUGUUAGGCUACAAGACAAAAAUAAAUGUGUCCUAUCUAGUAUGAAAAGAAGUAGUAUUAGAAUUCCAGUUUCUAAAAUUGUAGUUACAUACUUUAUGUUUUACAAACCUGCCUGUUGAAGCUGACGACUAACCCACCCCUAUUGUUUUUCACUCUGUUUCCAGCUUAUAGGGGGCUUUAUCCUGGCCAUCGGUAUCUACGCUGAGGUUGAGAGACAGCGCUACAAGACUCUGGAGGGACUGUUUUUGGCUCCAGCUGUAAUUCUAAUCCUUCUGGGGAUUGUUAUGUUUGUAGUUUCAUUCAUCGGAGUCUUAGCUUCACUAAGAGACAAUCUAACCCUGCUGAAAGUGGUGAGUCAUGAGCUGAGAGCCACACAUGAUCUUUUUAAGUUGCCUUUGUUGAAUUUUCUGUCAGAUCACUGACUGUAGGUAUUAUAUUAAUAUAUAUUGUCAACGCACCACUCUUGAACCAGGCAGCCAUUGUUGCUGAUUGAACAGUGAGGCUUUUGGGUACUGUAGAUGUGGUAGAUGUUAUAAUGUUACAAUGUCAUUUAGCAGAUGCUUUUAUCCAAAACAACGUAGUCCAGAGCAGGAACAAUGGAAGCAAAUGAGCAAAGAUCUAGACAAGAAGAAACAAGAUCAGCAAGAGCCACAAGAUGCUUCAAGUUAAUUUGGAUGCUGGUACAGCCAAGCAGUAUCAAAGGCAAUUCAUAGAGUGUAUAAAGGACUUUUUGAUGAACAUCAACAAUAAAGCAACCAAUUACCAGUGUAAGACCUCCCAUCAUCACCGUCAAUUAAAUAGUUUUCACCACAAUAAUGACCGAAGUACCAAGUGCUGGGUCACUUGCAAAGAGCUGGGCACAAAAAUCCCAAAAGCAGAGCAGGACAGUACGAGACAACUGUAGCUGGAGGACUCAUUCUCCCACUGGGGACAACAGUGUAGAUUAGUCUUGCUAAAUGUAUAGUGUUCUCUAAAGAGCUGGGACAACAGAUGAGAAGAGUCGGGGUAGUGACUUAGGAGCCUGAUGUGCUGGAAGUACCAGGGGCUGUAGACUUAGAUUAGGGUUUCGAGGUAAACAGACACAGUUUUGGUUACUGCUUUGGAAGCAAUGAUCAGAGUCUUGAAUUGGAUGCAAGCUGCAACAGGAAGCCAGUCAAGAGAGAUGAACAGAGGAGUGACAUAAGCUGUCUUGGGCUGGUUGAAGACCAGACAUGCUGCUGCGUUUUCAAUCAUUUGCAGAGGUAUAACUUCAUGCAGAGAGGCCUGUCAGUAAGUCAGUGCGUGAUAAUACAAGAGCCUGUGCCAGGAGCUGUGUUGCAUGUUCUGUCAGGUGGGGUCUGAUCCUCUUUAUGUUACAGAAGGCAAAUCUGCAGGACCAAGCAACAGAGGACACAUGAACCUUGAAGGUUAGCUGGUCAUCAAUCAAUCAUGACACGUUAGAUUUUGGGCCAACUUAGUAGGUAUGAGCUUAUUUGAUCCAAACUGGAUAUUGAUCUGUGGGUCCGCAGUGGGACUGGCUGGAAUGAUAAUCUUAGUCACGUCUUGGACAGGUUAAGCUGAAGGUGACAUUCCCUCAUCUAUUUAGAAAUAUCAGCACAUCAGGAUGAGAUCCGAGCUAGGACAGUUGUGUCGUCUGGUGGAAAGGAUAGGAAAAGCUGUGUAUCAGCUGCAUAGCAGUGAUAAGAAAAGCCAUGGGAUCAGAUAAUCACACUAAGGUGGUGUAUUGAGAAAAGGAGGGAACCAAGCACUGACCCUUGAGGCCCCCUGAUGAUGAACCAUGCAUUUUGGACACUUGUACCCUCCAUGGUACUCUAAAAGAUCUCCCAGAUCACUUGAACCACUGGAGGGCAGACCCUGAGAUACCAAGCGAGGAGAGUGUGGAGAGGAGGAGCUGGUGGUUUACUGUGUCAAAGGCAGCAGACAGAUUCAGGAGCAAUAGAACUGAGGACUGACCAGCUGGUCCAGCCAAACGUAACAGAAGUAUAGCUUCAGUAGUGGCCCCACCUAAAGCCAGACUGAUUCAGAUCAAGCAGACCAUGCACAUACACCUUGAACCGCACCUUAAACUUAGUUCAGACGUUCAACUGAAAGAGGACUUUGGACCACUGAGCAAUAGUCCAGUUCUUUUUUUUCCCUUAGACCAGGUAAGAUUCAUCUGACAUCGUCUCUGGUCCUGGAGUGUUUUAAUUUUACGUAUGUGAACGUUGAAGUUCCUUUACUAAGCUGAGUGAGUAGUGGCUCUUGAUGCACUGACUCCAGCCUCAGUCCACUCCUUGUGAAGCUCCUCUAAGUUCUUGAAAUAACUUUUUUUUUUUAACAGUCUUUUUAAGCUGUGGUCACCUGCGUUGCUGUCAUACCCUUUCUUGCCCACUUUUUCCUACUGGUCAACUUUUAAUACACAGUACCCAUGUGAUGGUAUGCCAAACGAACACAGAUUUACUGACACUAAAACAAGCUGAACAUGAUGAAUCCAUUCAAAACAGCUCUAUCUUUCCUAACUCUACAUUAUGAGCCAACUGCAACAUAUGCCUCAAGCUUCCCUAGUUCCUCACUGAACCUUUCAGGUCAGAAGGUCACAGAAGAAACCUGAUUAGACCAAAACCUUUGUUGCCUUUGUUUACUUUUGCCUCCACUCACCUCCACUGAUAAACUUGGAAAAAGCUGCUGGCUGUUACAGAAACACACAAAGCUGAAAGCUACUGUUCUCACAAAGAGUGGAUUUUACAGGAAGUUACUACAUCAUGCUUUUUUAAUUUUAGGGCUGAUUUUGUACAUCAGCUUUAUAAAUAAAUAAAAGACAGACAAUCAUCAUUAUGGUAUAUUGAAUUCUCUCUUCUUAAUUACAUGAUAUUCCAUUUUUUUGUGAUGCACUUGUACGUCAAAUGUAUAUUUAUGAAAGUGUAAUGUGUACAGAGAUUAUCCACACUGAAAUUAUGAUAUUCAUCCAGAUGCAAAGGUUGCCUGACAACUGUAAGGCAACCUCAUGUAUUUAGGCCUGUUAAUAAAUUUUACCCUGAAACAAACAUGUGAAAAUAAGUGUAUCACUUUUAAGUGUAUGAUCUACAUGUGAGUAAAAAGGCUCUUUUUCUUUUCUGUUUGUUUUCUCUCAGUUUAUGUACACCCUGAGUGUGUGUCUGAUCCUGGAGCUGCUGGGAGGAAUUUUGGCGCUUGCGUUCCGCAACCAGGUGAGCUGACUGGUAAUCCCUCCUGACUUCAGGCGGAUAAUUGGAGCAUUUUGGAGUGUUGCAGUGGGAGAGUAGAUUAUAAUCAAAGCUUUAAACUGUAGUCAAACAGGGCCAGAACAGGAUUCACCAGUGGGUGUAUCUAUUUAAUUUACAAACUAAUGCCAACAUUAAUAAUGAAUAACUGUACAGCAUUACACCUAAAAAAACAGACAUGAAAGAGCAUUCAUUUCAUCAUGAUUAUCAAACUGACUCUGGCUAAAUGUCAUAUUUCAGAGAAAUGAUGAACCAAUAGUUGACAUGUUGAUAUAGUAUCUUUCAUUAAAUGCAGGCUUCAUAUGCACCAAACUAUUUAUGAGCACUUAUUUAUAAUCACGUGCUUAAUUACACAUUCACUCUAUGAUAUCAAGUGUUUUUUAUGAAACAGCAGACAUGAUAACACUUGUAUGUAAACAGUUUGAAAAUGAAAUGUUCUCUGACAUGUCUUUGUGUUUCUGCGUCCAUCUGUCGUCACGCUCUAAUUUCUUACUUUCUAAUGACUCCCCCCAGUUAUUUCACUUCACUCCUUUCUUAGUCUCUCUCGUUGUCUUGCUUGAAAUCUCUGUCCUCGGUUUGUAAUCUAAUCCCACUUUUGCCAUUAAAUCCAUUAUUGUUUCUGUGCACACAAACAGGAAGGGCCAGUUUUAAUGAAGCCACUCUUAGAUGACCGUUUUCUUAGAAAGGUUGCUAUGAUGAACAACUCUUUGUCAGGAAAAAAAGUGAGGGACAAAUGAAAAAUAACCUGCAGAGAGAAGAAUGAUUGCCUGACAAGAGUGGGGGGUUAUCAUCUCUUGGAGUUUUGCAUUUCACUGAAUGUGAUCACCAGAUCAGGUGUUUCAUUGUGUUUUUCUCAUUUGCAUGGAGAUUGUGUUACACCUGAGGAUGAGGCAGCUAUAUAACUCCCAGAAUUUCUUUUGUAGGGAUAACUUUUUCUGAACUGCCAAAGAUAGGGACUUCAAAUGGUCAGAUCUAUAUAUUUUAUAUACUUUAAUAAAUAACUUUAUUAAGGAUGAUUAAAGUCCCUGUGACAAAGAAUCAAAACCAGACGAGACCUUUUUAAGUCCAACAAUUGUGGGCACUUUGCUGGAGAUGUAACUCAACCUUAACUUUGAAUCAACCAAAAACAGAAAUGGAGGUAGAUCCGAGGGGCGACAGCUGCAAAGCACCCAUGCCUGCCAUGCCUCUAACUAUACAAAUGUAUAUAUAUAUAUAUAUAUAUAUAUAUAUAUAUAUAUAUAUGACUCUUCUUUUCAAUGUUAUGGUAACAGAUUAAUCCGUCCCCAAGUACUGUGUGUACAUAUAAAUAAACCAGCUGUAUGGAGCAGGACAGUUUUCUGUACGGGGCUGUAUACAUGUAGAUUCCUUAGCCUUUGCAGCCAGCCUCAAGUGGACACUUGAGGAACUGCAGUUAAUCCUACUUUCUCACUGACUCCAUUUCUUAGCAGUGCAGCUUGGCAUUUUUGGUUUUAUCAGAAUUAAUUUGUUGAUUUAUUUGAUAACCUUGACAUAGAGCAAAAAAAACACACCAUAAAAAAAUGUUAAGGUUUUUAUUCAGGAGGCAAAGUUGAUGAAAUCAUGCUAAUGCUGUCAUGAUUUAUGAUAAUGAGGGCAAACUCAUAUGAUUAUGAUAGCCCGGCAAAAAGAUAUCUAUUACAUCUGUUUUCAUUGAUUAAUACCACGGGGCUCCAUGGGGACUCAUGCUUUGAAAUUCUCUUUGUCUUCACGUUUAAAUGCACAAUAAAUCAAAUAUAAUAAAGGCCUGUCUUAGACUAACCAUUUUUAAUAAGACUGUGUGGUAGAUUUUUACAUUUAUAUCUAUUUGUCAAGGAAAAGUUAAAUUAGUAACAUCAUGUUAACGUCAUGAUUAUAUAUUUUAACUUCAGCAUUAGUUUAAAUACAGUGAAGACGCAGCUCAUCAUAUGUCAUGGCUUCGUUUCAGGUUGUCUCAUUUACAUUGAGAUGAAAAAAAAAAAAGACUGAUACAUGCAUGUGGAGAUUUUUCAAAUUAAUCUCAUAUUUCAGUUCCUGGAUCACUUUAGUAGAUUUUUAUAAAAGAUUUGUUUUCACUGGUGUUUCAUUUCCAGGAGUACCAUGUUUAAUUUGAUAUGGCCGUAUGGGAUUUUUAUUUUUAAUAAAGUUUGUGGGUAAUUCUUCAGACAGGGGAACAUGACAGCCGACUAACUCACAGCCUGUAUCUGCUCAUUGUAACAGAUCCAAUACAAAGACGGGGCAUUCAGAGGAUGAAGAAAAGAAUUGAAAUGAAAGGCUCAGGCUCUUCAAUCGUUAUUAUUCUCAUGGGGGCAGAAGUCUUAGUCUUUUAUUAUCUUUGAUGAAAGAGAAAAGUCACUGAACGUAUAUCCAUCUGAAUAGAAUAAAGAGUCACAGACCUGUAGUCCCCCUUUGUGUGAAGAAUGAAGCCGAGGGCCAUUCUCAGGGUGCAGACCUUCAAUUGUUCAGUCUACUGUGAUGUGGAGGCACAACCACAAGACAUUUCAAAAUAUAUUCCCGGACUAUAAGUAGUAUUUUUGUAUAAGCCCCCAGUUUGAGAAAUUGACACAUACAUUUAUUAAAUCUACUAUGAGGAGCUCAUAUCAACCCCAGCAGCAAAUGUAAAACUUGUGGAACGUCUUUUUUUUUCGUCGAUCUUGCUCUUUACAUGUGUGAGUACUUAAUUCUGAUAUAUAAUUUUUUUUUUCUCAAAGUUGUAGCAUUCAAUGUAAGUCAUUUCAGUGAAGAAGGUAAAGAAGAAAUGCUGUUUAAGCAAGGUGAUGGCAAUCCACCUUUGCUGAAGCUGAGGAUGAGGCAGCGUUAAAAAGCAUGAAAAAUUACAGUGAAACUAAUCCAUUUUAUCUUGUUUAAAAUUAGACAAAAACAGCACUGAAAACCUGACCUCAGCAAGUACAAAUAACCAACAGUGAGAGGAGUACAUUGUGUGCAUAGUUCCCUUUAAAUCACCUCUCAAAAUAAGAUGUCCAUGAGUUUAUUUGUUGAAAACCCUGGUUUUAGAUUAUCAUUUCCUUGAUAGACUAAAUUCUGUAGCCUCAUGUGACUCUGCUGCAGCAGAUUGUGACCGACAGAUGUAAGCUGUCAGGCUGUCAUAUUUUGAUAUUUGAGCUCACUGGAUUGGUCACCUUGACAAAUCAGAGCCUCUCCUCCCCUCAGCUGACACAUUGACACCUUUUCAACUGGGUUAUGGAAACAAAACCUGGUCACAUGACCUCCUAUAUCCCACUAACACUCAAACUAUUCACCUAAUGUUUUAUCCUUUUGUUCUUACAGACUGUAGAGUUACUGAACAAAAACAUCCGACGAGGCAUUGUGAACUACUACGAUGACCUGGACUUCAAAAACAUCAUGGAUUUUGUGCAGACGAAGGUAAGGUCAUGUCAUCCACACACCUGUCAAGGUAAACAUUCAUGUUAACAGAUUUAAAAGGUCUGUGUUAUACAUACUAUGAUUCAAUGCAGGGCACAUGAUAAUCCGGUAAUCAUUUCAAGGCUGGGUCAGGAUUUGAUUUCAAUAGUUGACAACAGCAGUGGACUAGAAGUUGUGUCCAAUGUAAUCAGAGAGCUGUGCAGAGCCAUCACCGAGCACCUGCUCCUAGAAUCCAUCAUGCUGCCACACACUGCCGCAAGCUGCAGAUCUCAUUAUCAACUUAUAUUCAGCACAUCAGGGAGGUCUGUCUUUGGUCAGCAGACGGAUCAGACAUUGAAAUAAGCGCAACAUCGGCUCCUCUGAUGAACUAUUGAGGCAGGUGCAGAGUGAUGGAGACAGUGAAGCAGGAUUUUUGUUUUGUUUGGAGAUAUCCUGGAUGCUUGAGGGCUAGAGAACGUAAUUAGUUACUUGGCGUAUUUAGAAGGAGGUAAUUAGGAGGCUGAGCAGAUGGAGCACAAUUUCCUUCAUCAUGGAGCUGGGCAGUUGUUAAAUACGUGAUAUUAUAAGCAUUAUACAUGCCUGUAUCUAGGUAUGAGCAGUUGGUGACCUUUGCAGGACAGAGAGUAUUUUCUUAAAUAUAAGGAAACAGUUGCAGUAUUUUACAUGAAAAUUUAAAGUUUUUGCUACAUAACCCAUUUUUUCCUCUGAUUUUAACCAUCUGACUAGUCUGAAGGUAUAAGACCACAAAGGAAAUAGUCAAACUGAGCACAAAGUAUUGUUUAUUAGACACAGCACAACCAGAACCUGUGGGUAAAGGUAGCUUAAUGUUGAGGCAACAUCAUUUGACCUCUGGUCUUCUCUUGGAGGUGGAUGGGAUUGAAGAGGGUGGGGACUUGUAGGGUUGGAGACAGCAGGGUGGAACAGUACUGUGUGUAUGUCUGAGUGUUACUGUGUGUUUGUGAAGCAUCCCCUGAUAUUUACAAGCUGUGCCACUUAUGCUUCCUUAGUGUGAUGCAUUUUCAGAGUGUAAUGUGUGAAUAAAACAGUGUGGGGAUGGCAGAUAUCUAUUUCAGUGUUGUUGCAAAAUUGGGGUGUAUCAGAGGAUCAGUUGGUUCAAUAAGUUUGGCUAACAUGAGCAGAGCUAGCACCACUGGUCCUUAGUCUUCCUGGUAGAUUAACAUCAGUAUGCCCGUGCUGGUCGCACAUGUUCCAGUCUAGUGGUUUUGUACCACUUUAACCAGAAACAGACGUGACUUUCGUACUUCUUCUGAAAACCCUGUCACUUGUCACCUGUGUUUCAGUAGUAAGAGGAACAAGGCAGUAUGUAAUAAAAAGAUUACUCUUAGCUAUCAUUGUGGCAAUAGAUGUUCUUCAGAUCCUGUCAAAGUUCAAACAGUUUAUCUCCUUCAAGAUGAUUUAUCUUGAGCACUUACAGAAGAAGUCGAGAUCAUUCUGGCAGCAGUUUCUUUUUUUAUGUUUGAGCUGUAAUAUGCUUGCUCUGGUAACAAAAAAACAGUGCACAGCUGUGUGUGAAGCUCUUACAGUAAAUUUCUCUUGUCAUAGUGUAAAGCUGCUGGACAGCCCACAUGUCGGCUAUUAGAGAGAUUUAAGUGUCUUUACUGACCAACAAUGCCACCAAAAAACCUGCGAGGGCACAGGAGCAGUUUUCACACAUAAAUGGACUUUGUGGAUUUAUGUGUGUUUGUGAGCAGAAUAGCCUGACUAAAACAUGGUUGCGUGUUUGAGUCAGUUAGGCCGCAUCCCUCCCAUGAAGAGUUUGGCGAAGAAUUCCUUUGUGGUUUGACAACCUAGUCUCUUCAAUCUGUGAACAAAUAACACCACCCUUCCUCUAAAUUGCAUUUGCCAAAUUGAUGUCAUUAUAUACCACCAGGGACACUCAGGGAAACUGUGUCUAGUAGACUUUGAAUCAUGUUAUCAUGGCUUGGUAUAAUUUUUUUAAUUUCCUUGAGGAAACCUUCCCAAAAGAAUCAAUAAAAUUCUAUCUAAUUUAAUUAUUGACAGUAACCAAGGCUAACCUCAACUGUGGCCACAGCAACUGCAGACACAUUAGGCCAAAAGUCACCUGUCAAAGAGGUCAUUGUUUAGACUGGAGCACAGGUCUGCUACAUAUGUUGAUGGGGUUCUUAGGCUUUCAUACAUGGUGGAGGACAACCCCAACAAAAGCUUUAAAUGGUGCUAAUAAAUGCUAAUGUGAUGGAUUGUGUGUGUCAGACAAGAUCAAUAUAGUUAAUUUCACUCUCUUUAUUGCAGUAUUUGAAUUAUCGCUCUCCUCAUUAUAUUAGGUGUAACUCUCUGUUGUGGAUGAGCAGUGGCAUUUGUUUAUACCAUUACACAGUUAAUGUUAGACCAGAGAGAACUUACACUGUUACUUUUUAUCCUGAUUUAAGUCGUUUGAUUGCUCCUUGAUCUGUUAGUAAUGCCUCAGGGGUCAAAUAGGGGACCCUUAUAGAAACCUGUUAUUCAGUAUCCUUCAUAAAAAGUACCAGUGUCCUGCACUAGCUCAUGUUUGGCAGCACUAGUUAAAUGCUGACUCUUUUACUAGUAAACUGACAGACAGCAGAAACUCUGACAUGUCAACUAGUAAGGGCACAAUCUUCACAAGGGACACCAGCUGAAAACAUUUUUGCAUUACCAGUUUACUAGCAAGUUCAACAAUGUUAGCUAGUUCACUGGUUACAACUAGGGAUGCACGAUAUUUAUCGGACCGAUAAAAUAUCGGCCGAUUUGAGGGGAAAUUACGUCAUUUUUUUAUCGGUCCGAUAGGUGCAUUUUUCCGAUAGAAAGAUCCGAUAUAUUAAUGAAAUUACGAGUAACGUUUGCAGGCGGAGUAGCCGCUCAUCCGAGACGCGCUGGUUACGUUAUCUAUCGCGCCUUACUCGCAGGUCCCAAGCCUGACCCCGUCACUACCUGACAGAUAAUAAAAUGUCUUCACCAGCAUGGUCGUUUCUCUCAGUGGCAGAAGAUGACAACAGCAUUGCUAUAUGCAAAACCUGUUCAGCGAGGAUUCCGAGAGGAGGAAAGAAGACGUCAAGUAUUAACACAGCGAAUCUGAUAGCUCAUCUGAAAAGUCGCCAUCGCGGCGAAGCGGUAGUAAAAGAAUAUGAGACAGCCGCCGAAGCUGCUAGCGGUACUAAAGCUAAGACAACAACACUACGGAGGAUCGAUGUCCCCAUUCAGCAGGCGUUUAAAAACUGCAAAAGCUUCUCAAGAGACAGCGAAAAGGCUAAAGCCAUUAACGACAAAGUGAUGGAGUUCAUAGCGGUCGACGACCAGCCUUUUUCCGUCGUUGAGAACUCGGGUGUAAUAGCACACUUGGAGCCACGUUACACUCUCCCAAGCCGCCGCUUCUUCUCGGAUGUGUCUCUUCCUGCACUCUAUGAUACUGUCGCCACAUACAUUCACAACCUGAUCGACAAGAACGGACUACACGUGAGUUUUACCACAGACAUAUGGACGUCAGAUGUUAGUCCGGUCAGCAUGCUAAUCCUAACGUCUCAUAAUAGCUCCUUUACAGUUUACAGUUCUGUUGAACAGUUCAGGGGAUCAAAUGAAGUUCUGCUUUUGUUAUUGUUAUUUAUAGCAAAUGACCACAUUUGAAGAGCCAAAAACUUUUGUUUGUUAUUCUAGAUAGGCCAGAGCAACAAAAACAUCAGUUUUCAAUCGCUGCAUCCUGCAUAAACUGCAGAUUAUAUGAAGAUUAUAAUAAAUGUAAAAAUAUGAAUUUAUCGGUUAUCGGUAUCGGUAUCGGCCAUGAGAAGAAGAAAAUUAUCGGUUAUCGGUAUCGGUUGAAAUUUUUCAUAUCGUGCAUCACUAGUUACAACCAAAAUACCCUCCAGUUACAGUAGUUAGGGUAUUCAAGAUGCUUCAAAGUGUUUACGAGGAAACUAGUGAGUGCAUCUUAUUCACCAGUAAUACUAGUGAUGGAAUAAGGAGCCUUACUGGUGGAGCUCAAAAUGUAAACUGGUUAGCUAGUAACAGCUAAAAUGUAAACUAGCUAAACUUCUGCAGUUGUUUUUACUUUUACCUGUAAGGCAGCAUAUCUUAAUGGACGUAUGUGAACCAUUGAAACCCCUUAAGCCCUCUAGUCAUACUAGUUACACAAAAUGAUAAGAGUUGGGAUUCAGUGAGGAUUUUCAUUGACUUUUAUUUAAAUGAGUGAUAACAUUCUUGAUAUAACAAGUUAACUAAUUACACUAGUUAGAACUUUACUACCCUUCAGACAGAAGUGUUCUGAUAACUAAAAACCAUAAUAUCCACUAGUUGCAGUAGUGAGGGAAGAUUUGACAUGAAGAGUUCAGCAGUAAGGCUCAAAACUGUUUAUUUGUCAGCAGCAACAGCUAAAAUGUCCUCUUGUGACAGGAGUUGUGGUGUACCAGAUAACUACAUUAAGACAUCGUGCCCCACAUUUCCACACAUAUGGUGAAAAAGUGUUGACAUCUGCAUCCAACUAACUGGUAAUGUGUUGCAACUGACAUAGAUGUUAAAUAGUAUCAUGUCACCUUUACACUAAGUUGUACACUUUUCUUUUUAGUAAAUUUUUAGAUUUGCACCCCAAGUAACCUGAGAAAGAUGUUGUUUGCCUACUUAACUCACACUACCACAGUCUACCCAACCAGUGUUGUAAGUGGACAUUUUGGCUCUCACAAGUCCUAGUGAGCAUUUUUGAGCCUCACUGGUGAAUAUGUGAGGUCAGAAGUGCCCAAUCACGUUUUUCACUUAAUUAAUAAUAUUCAAAGUCCUCCAGUAGUAAGUGUCAACUAUGGCUUCAAACGACUAAUUAUUGUCAUUUACUAAGAGGUAGUUAUUUAUUAAGUUUCCAAAAACAACCCUCUAACCUCUUUCUUUAAUGUUGAUUUAGCAGCACAUCAAACUCUAUUUUCAAUCAUCAUGAUUCUCCUCUUUAACCUGCAGGUUGCCCGUUUAUCAGAGUUUUUCAGCUGUCUGUUGAACUUCUCUGUGCUUUAAGUCUGGCAUUUUCUUAUUGUAUCAUUAAUCUGAAUGAAGGAUUUUAGUAAGUAGGCGUGCCAAAUUUGGCUGCAGCUUGGCUCGUAUAGCCUCCAGAGAUCAUCAGCAAACACUGACUUUGGACUCUGUCUGUUGUAGAGGGAGGGGACCUACUGACGAAUGAGCAACCAGGAAAAAAUAAUGUGAGUGAUUGAACUCUUAAGGGUUAUUUAAGAGAGCCAUUUGUGAGUUUCUCAGCCAGCCAUGCUUGUGCUCUUGAAUUGCUCCAUGUACAAAUAAAGAAAAGUUGAAAAAAGGGCAGAUAUUUGCCUGACUCAGGGUUCGAAGGGUGACUUUCACCAGGCAGCCCAGUGGGUAGGAUUGAAGUGGCUUUCGAGUGCUUUUAAGAUCCUGAAAACUUUCCUCGGUUCAGUUUUGUCAUCUUAUCAGGGUCAUGUGCAGCUGCUUGUUUCAUGCUGAUCACGAUCCUUUCCUCUUAUUCAUUCUCUGUUUCUGUCUAGACGAUGAGACCCACCCUCUUAACAAUGUCAUUUCAGAUCAUCAUUUGUGCCAAUCUGAACACAAAUGGAUUAUCGCUUAUAAAUUGACAAUCUGACAAGCACUUCCACUCAUGCAGUAAUAGCAGUCCCUUAUUACAGCCCUCUGCCAAGCUUUCAGAGCCGGUCUUGAAAUUGUGCUGCCUUGAAUUGUUUAACAUUUCGACAACAGGAAAUGAGAAAAAACAAUCCUACAGGAGUAAUAACACUAAUGAAUGAACAAGUCCUUCGUCAUUUCCCCUGUUGAGUUCAUUUCAAGCUGACCUUUCCCUCCACGCCGCCCUGGUAUUCUCAUGGAAAUGUGACAUUUAUUCUAACAGCGGUGACUUGUGGUGUUUAACACUAGUGAACACGGCAGGACUUUCUUCUUCUCGCAUUAACAACGAAUGAUUAAUCAUAAAAGUAAUCAAAGUGUUUCCGCAGCUGGGACUUAUUGCAAAAAGAUGUGAUUUUUCAUUCCCAUCACCAGAGGAAAUUCAGACAACUUCACAAACUCAUAAAAGCAACACUGCUCAAUUUCCACAGCUGCGUCAGGGUUCAGUGUGGUCACAGAAAUUGCAUCAGGAUUUUGGGCUCCAUCAAGCAGUCUAAAAGCACAGCACAACAAAGCCAUUCAGUCAGCUGUACAGCGACUUCAUUUCCUCAGAGCCGUGUGGUUGUUUGACACUGAAGUGUUUAUAAAUAUUUAUAAGCUCAUUCUGGAUCCAUCACAACAGCCAUUAAGGUGAAGCUAGGAAAAAAAAAUAAUUUUUUUUACAGCACGUUUUGCUGGAAGUUUACUUAUUGUGCCUCACAUUAAAAUGUAUACAGCAAUAAGUGGCGUGGUUUUAUGAAAAAUGAUUAAUAAUGUAUUAAAAAGUAAUAACAGCAGACAGAAAAAUACUACAACACAUAAAAUAAUUGAACUUAUAUUAGAUCUGUGGAUUGGGGUUUGGGGGUAUGGAUUCAGAAAAUGUGAAUAGAAAUCCCUUAUCAGCUUUUUGACCCAGACAGCAAAGAUUUCUUUGAUAAAAGUUGUUUUCUGCUCUGGUAAGCUGUGAAACUCCACCAAGACAUUAUGAAAUGAUUACUUGACAUUGCUUCAAGUUUUUCUAAAAGAAAUGGAGACAUAGUUGUAGAAAAAUGAUUGAAAAAGGCAGAGAAACACUGUCUCCAUACAGACUUAUGUAUAAAUAUAUUGAUGUGCCAUUACAAAAAGAGACUUUAACCUCACAGGGAUGGAUGUAAAAGCCUCCUGGCCUAUCAGACAACAAGCUUUAAUCCUAUCCCAGUGACAUUAAAUGCUGUUGUGCUUUAAACUUAGAAACACGUUGAAUAUCAAAUCCUCAGGACCCGAGUGUUGUUUGAAGAAAGUUGUUUGAAAUUCAGAGACACCUCCUCCUCACAAAUCAGUCAAUUCUCUUCGUCCCUUAUUGGCACUUUGCUUCAUCAUCUGCAGCUGGAGGAGCCUGUAUUGAUUGAUUUGGUCUAUAAAGUGUGUCCAUCUAUCACAAAGAGCUGGCCUAACUUUGUUAGAAACAGUCUAUCAUUUAUGCUGUACUAUGGAUUGGUAGCUGUAGGUCUGUCGUCGUCCUUUCUCAGGACAGGAGUUUCUCUUUUCCGAAAUCAAAGAUGUUUAUCCUCAGCAGUGCAUCAUUAUAAGGUGUAUUCAUUUUGUGCAGAAGUAACUAUAUCUGUGUUUGGCUGCAGGUUUUUCUUUUCCCUUUUCUCAAAAUGAAAAUUGAUUUACUAUUAGAGCAUCUUAAACUCACGGUAGUGAAAAGCACUUGAUAAGUAAGUCAACCUGAAAGUCAUUAUAUUUAGAGGCAAUCUUUUUAGACAUUAUUUGUCCAUUAAAGAGAGUAAAGAGAAACAGCUUUUCACUGUCAAACUACUCCGAGUACUUAAUGAAAAAAACAUCACCUCACCCCUUAAUGUAGGUAUCUCAAACCUUUUUCAUUAAAGACACAUUUUAUGUUUAAAGCUCCUGUGAGGAGCUUUUUGUAUUGUGUGGUUAAAGCCGUACAUCUUAUCUCUCUGCUAAUCAUGACCUAACACCUAAGCAGUGUUCACUCACAAAAAAAUCUCCUGCUGUCUUUUAAUAUUAAAAUAUAUAACUUAUUGUGAAUACUUGCAAUAAAAAAUGUGUACAAAGGCUUUCCACCCUGACUGGUUCUAAUAUUAUUCUUGUUUUGAGUAGUCCUAAUUCCAGAUUACUCAACUAUAUUAAUUUAGAGUACCUACAAGGAGUAUCUAAGAAGAAAGAGCAUAUUUAAGGAAAAACACCUCUGUUAAGUAUCUCUUUCAUUUUUUUUCUUUAACUUUACUAUUUGUUAAGUUCCACGUGUUUACACAAAGCCCACAAGAAAACAUGUAGACAAACUUACACUAUAGUGAUAUAGAGAACUGAAAUAACAAGUAAAUAAAUAUAGUUCACCUCCAUCAGUCAGUCAUCUCCUUGUUUGUUGACUCUGAAUUCAUGUCCAUUUCUAUAAUUUGUCUUCCAUCUCUGCUUCUUACAGUCUUGAACUAUAAGUCAGAUUUUCCAUGAUGUAUUUUUCAUCAAUAUUUCAAACAAAUAUGCCAAAUAUACGUAAUAGAUGGAGCAGCAUGUGGCUCAGUGACAUUUCACAUAGUAUAACUCAAAAUAUUGUAUGCACCAUCUUCAGAGCAUGAAAAUGUGUAGGCAUUUCCAGAAUAUGAAUGAGUGUUCUGCAUCUCUCACUCUACACUCUGUCCUGCAUAAUAGAGUGUGUGUAAAGAUGAAAACUGACCAGAUUUCUCCAGGAGGAUGCCUCUGUAUCUGUGAAGUGGUAGAUGUUAGACAUCUUUUCCUCAUAGAUAAUUCUUUCUCAGUUUUAUAAGCCCAUAUGCCAUAUAAAAAACAGGAUUGUACAAAUUCCAUUUGGUUGAUACAGUCCAUCAGCAGAUGAUCUGUACUCAGGCUCCUCUGAACAAAACAACUCUGGUUUAAACUGAACUUCAGGCACUUCAUCUGGUCCAUGUCAUCCAUUAGCAAAUACAGUAGAUGUUACUGAAAUUCACAGCGCAUUAUCAGAGCUCUAACAUCACUGAAAUGUUGUGUGCUCAUGCUCCUAUUGAAAACACGAUGAGCAAAAUCCUGGAGCAUCAGCCCAUCAGACAUUGCUUCACCAAAAGAGGCCUCACAGUCGGAGCACAAUGUUUGAGGCAGAGGAGGUAGACAGAGAAAACCGUGCUCCUGCUGUGGUUUUUAGACCCUGAACUCAGGGAGUAUGUGAGACACCACUCUUCUCAGGGGAAACAUAAAGAGCACAGACAGAGGCAGGACAGAAGAUGGGAGUGAAGGCUGAUAUGUCUGCAGGAAAAGGUGGGAGGUGUUCAGAUCAAUGAAGGAAGAGAGGAACACUUGAGUAUGCUGCAGGUAAUUUCUGUAAAGAGAGAGUCGUCCUCCCUGCACAAACAAAUCUUUUCUAAUGAAACAGCAUCACUUACAUUAGCAGCCCGCGGGAGUGAGUGCUGGUCAGUGCUGCUUUGCCAUUACCGUUAGAAAAACGCUUUAGGAGGGAGUCUAUAUUUAGCUAAUGUUGACAUCUUAGUGCUCUGACACACAAAACAUCCGCCAUAAAAUGCAACAUCCUGCUCUUAAAGGUGGAUUGCAACCAAAACCUGCAAUUAGCUUCAAGUUUCCAUCUCAAGUUGAUGACUUGUGACAACAGGAUCCCACUUUGUGCUUCCUGCAGGAUUUCUGCACCCUGGCCUCUUCUCCUGCUUUCUUUCUAAUUACUGAGAUAAAGGAAAAGAUAGACACAUGACGUUUCGCAGGAGGAUGGAUAAUAGUUCAAAGCUCCUGUUGAGCUGAUGGUGGAGUAAUUAAGGGUAGAUGUGCAGGCAACUAAACAAUGCUCACAACACAAAAGGGAUGCUACAGGUGUCAGGAACAUACGAUAAAAAGCAUGUCUAUCAGGCUUGAUCCCACUUUUUGACAGCCUUUAGCAAUGCGCUUGUUUGAGGAAGUUACCUGUCAAGUUUGGAGACAGAAAUAGUAUGACCAAAUUUAGAGGAAACAUCAUGAGGUAGGUUUCUCUGAGUUUAAAGCUCCCAUGUCUGAUUCAAACACUUGAAGGUACCCCGUGUGUCUGUGGAACGAGUUGGGGCUGAGACAAAGCGUACGUAUCUGAUGACUUGAGAAUGAGGCUGUGGAGUCUGAAGAUUUGAUGUUAUUCUCUCGAUAGCUUCAGCAGCACAGGCAGAUGAAAAGUUUAGGGAGCAGAGAUGUUACAAGUUUAGUGUAUUGAAUGAUACUGUCAAAUUUUAUGCAUUUUCAUCAGUUCUGGACGGUUAAAGCAGCUGUAAAAAGUUAAUGGAUUCUACGACAGACAGUUUUGUGCAUAGUCAGCUUUUUUUAGCUCAAUGACAGGGAGGUACAAACCUAAUGAAGGGGGAGUUUUCUUUAGAUGGACAGAAUCCCUGGAUUUGACAACUUUUUAAUCAGAUAGGCAUACUAGUCAGUGAUUUAUGGUAUUGUGUGAGAGCCAUCAGAGGCCGGUUACCAUCCAUUCAUAUUUUGUGCACCUCUUAUCAAAAGGCUGUGAGCUUAUGAUGCCGGUCUCCCAAUAUGGACUCAUAUUUUGUUUGGUUUGUCGUGUCUUGAGAUUGGUUCGAAGUAAAGAUGACAGCUCCACAAAUUAAGACACAUAGAGAGCGUCAGCAUCAAUAAAGGACUUGUUUAGAGAAGUGUCCAAUGAAUGCUCAUGUCAAAUCAAAUUUUCACAGAUUUAAAAGCAAUGUGUCACGAACUGUCCCAAUAUACAUCAAACAAUUAUACAAGAAUAAUCAAUAUAAUAUCAUUUGUGUCCUUCCGAUUUGGGUGUGUUUUUUCUCGCCACUCUGUCUCUCCUUGUGUCCCCUCCAAAACACUAUACACUCUAAAAACUCUUGGGUUAUUUCUUCAACCCAAUUCCUGGGUUAUACAUUUUGAGUAAAAUUUCUGGGUUAUUUUUCAGAUCCCUCCCCAUUUCUUGGGUCAUAUGGAUUCUAUUUUAACCCAAUUUGAGGGUUUUUUGAAUGGGUUAAUAAUUAUGGGUUAUUUUUCUGAGAGUAACCCAAUAAUUGAGUCAGAACGUUGGGGUCAAUUGACUGUACAUGGUUUCUAGGCCUUACGGCAAUUUAAGUGGUGGGGUUAGCUCAGCGGGCAGAGCAUCCGGUUCCCAACCGGCGGUUGGGGGUUCAAAUCCUGCAUGAGACUCAUCUGUAAGGAGUUUACCACUUUAUCAUUUACCAGUUUGGGACCGUAGGCAAGACCCUUAGCGCUCUGGCCAACCUCACAAACAUGAGUGUGUUACCAUUGAAAGCCAAACCGUGACUGACUGGAUAUCACAGACGUCUAUGAUGUAACUGUACUGCAAGUGUAACUGGUUAAUUAAAUGAUGUUGACAGUUUUGGUUUGAUUUCCUAAAGGCGUUUAAGAAAAGUACUUUAUGUUAUAAUUCUUCAAAGUUCCAUAUUUUGACUCAAAUUCUUCAUUUUUAUUCUUAAUUCACAGCUGUACCAAAUAUUGAUUGACCCACCUACAAUUGCCACCCCACAGGCCUUGAAAAAAAUCAGUAUUGAUUAAUUCCUAUUUGAAACAGCAAACAGCUCUACCUAAUCUCAUCAGCGGGAACAGCGUUGUCAGUGCAUCAAUCAAUUAUCAUAACUUAUUUGCCCUCCCCCAAGAAAACUCCUUUUCUCCUUUUCCAAAACUGCAGGUGAAAAACAAAACCUGGUAUCAGAUUAAUAAUGUGACUGUGGCAAACAGCAGGAUUACAGGCACAACUGAGGAUAAAAUGUUUGUUAACUCUACCAAGCAUUUUGUCUGCGUUUCCCACUCAGUCAUUUUUUAAAAGAUGUUUUCUUUGAUUCAAAGUUGAAAUGAUCUGAGUAGAAACAGUCGGGACAGCAGUUUCUUUACAAAAAUAAAAAUCAGCCUCUCAGAUGCUCUCUGGCAAACACUGGAUUUCAGCUGGGGCUGUGAGCUGGCCUGCUCUUAUGAGUUUGAGUCAGUGCAUUGAGCCUGGACAUACAACAAUGUGAUCACAUCCAUAUCAAAUGAUUACAACUGAACCAUUUUGAUCAUGUGAAGACUCGGUUGUGUGAUCCUUUUAUCAGCCUGAAAAUUACAGAGUGCCUCUCAAGUCUGGCAGAGUGACAGGGGCUGCCAUCAUCUCCCACUGUGUCAUUGCUGUCUACAGAGAUUUUGAUCGAUCUGUUAUUCAGGUUGAUCUUUUUUGAGGGUCAAAAUUCCCUCAUCUGAGCUCUUCAUCAAUCCUAACAAAGGAGGCACUUACUGCUGGACAUGUUGGAUUGUAUUAUACUUUGUAGUUACUCAUAAAAGUAUGAAUCUGUGCAAUCUAUGAAAUCAAACUGUUCCAUUUGCAGACAUUUGUCAAAUCCUAAUUGCAUUGUCAUCCUCUGACCUUUGGCUGAGACGUGACGUGAGCUGGAAAAGCAGCACUCUGUGGAUUCACGCCAAAGAGAAAUCCAAGGAACUUCCUGGCACUCUGGCACGAUGCCGACAUACUGAUCACACUGCGUUGCAAAAAUCCACCUCAUAUUCAUUUAUGUAUUCAUCUUCAGUCCUUAUCUCUUUGUCUCUGUCUCCUGUCCUACUGUCUCCUGAUGUCUGACCCUUUGUGCCGUUUCUUCCAUCUCUCCCUCCAAUAAUGUUUGUCACAGUGAAUGACUUCAAAUAAAGUUGAGUGUUGCUCUCUGGUUAUUCUUUGAGCCUUUACUCUCGAGGCAGCUUUCCAGACAAUAACUUCACCAGUUAAAGUCUGAAUCAAAUGAAGGUUAUAAAUGACAUUUAUCGGGCCUUAAAGGAUUUGUUUAAUUUCCUUCGAGUGUUUUCAACUUAGGCUGAGCCUUCCUCAAUUAAAGAUUUUUUUAGAUGUUGACAUAGAAAUCCUUUUUUGACACAUGUAGCUAAUUACCAACAGCAUCCCCGUCAGUUGAUCAAUUUUCGAUCAUUUUGUGUUUUAGUUAUUGUUCUGAUGGGAAUUAGAUUCAGCAUAUCGACAAGGUGCAAUGCUUCUCAAACAGAUUUACACUACAGGAAACAGAGGCACUCAAUCUAAACUAAAAAUAAAGUUCAUGCUUCAAAGUGAGGAGGUUUUUAUUCAGUGUGAUUCCACAGCUCUUAGCCAAAACCAAUAAUAAUUACCGCCCUUUAGAAAGCGUAUCAAAGCUCAUUUAUUUUCCUUGUGAAGUAAUGGUAUUUCCCUCUCCCCGGGCUUUUUCACUGAUGGCUGAAAUGGAGGGCAAUAAAAGAUAAUUAUUUGGUGUUGCAUUAUUCUUUGCCUGUGAACCAACAACAAAAGGUUUGCAGGUGUUUCUCUGUUAUUUUGGUCUGAAUGCGUUAUUGAUUCAGAGGUAAACACUUAAAUGUGUCAAGCUGCUUUUUACUACUGUUGAGUACACAUGUAAGACAAGGAGCAGAGGAGCUUAACAAGAAAAUUUCAGAGCAUCAUUGAAUUAUUGUUGCAAAACACGAUUGUUGUAUUACCAUAUUGACCUCAGAGAUGAUGAGCAGUCCCAAAACUUGCUGCAGAGUGAGAGAGACGGACUAAAGCUGUGUGCAAUUUAUUGAAAAUGUUUCAUCUUCAAAUGUUGUGAGCAUUUCACCUGCACAGCACAAAAGUGUCAUCUAUAAAAGUAUAAAUUCAAAGUUGUUUUCUCUCUUUUUAUCUCCCCCCUCUUCUCUGUCCUCCUCUUUUUCACCCUUUUAUUCACUCAACACACUCCCUCUCAUCUUCCCUCCUCAAUUUUGCUCUUUUCUCUACUCUGCCAUCUUUCUCACCCACUGCAGUUUAAGUGCUGUGGAGGUCAGGAGUAUAAAGACUGGUCUGUCAACAUGUACCACAACUGCUCAGCACGCGGUCCACUGGCCUGUGGUGUCCCUUAUACCUGCUGCCUUACAACUAAGGUAAGUUUCACCAUCACUUUUACUGUUACAACCAAUGCAAGCUGCUAUUUCCCUGUUGUUUUUGUGGUUGAUUAUGGUUUUCACUUUGACCUCCACCACCAAUGUCGCCCACGUUUUCAUUACAGCUGUUAAACUGCUGCGAUUACACCCAAAAUAGAUUUACUACCAUCACCAAAACAACACUGCACUGCACUUUUGUAGCAUUGCAGAUUUUUUUCCCUAGCGUAGAAGUUUCAUAAAGAUUUUUCCCCAAAGAAGUUGAAUUUAGGUCAUUAUUUCACUUUGUAUUUUCUGCACAAAUCUCUUGGUUAAUGUCUCACAUAAAGCCACACAACAGAAUGUAUUAUUCAUAAAGCAAAGACCUAAAAAGAAGGUAGGAACGUCUGUGCCAUCAUGAGCUCACAGGCUUCACAGAAACACAGGUUGUUUCUGUAAUUUUAUAUUCAAACAAAAACGAGACAACUUACAGCUCUCAUUGUCAAAAAUUAUUAAUUAUACAAAUAUGCACAGAAAAAAAGGCUUUCUGGCAGCAGAGGGGGAUCACCCCAAGUCUUGUAAUUUUUGUCUUAAGAUAUGGCGCCUGAGUUUACUUCAGUUGUGGCUAAAAGCUACAAGUUAGAAAACCUUUUUUUAAUGUUAUAGGAAAUGAAAAAGUAUUUAUUAGAGAGAAACAUUUUUAUUGGGAUUCAUAUGCUAAACUGCACAAUAACACAACACACACAGAAACAAGAGAAAGAGGAGAAGAUAAUAAAUGUCCAUGUCUUUGCUUUUACAGACAUAUAAACAUUUAACAAUUCAGGUGCUAUCUUGGCUGAUCAGCAACAGCUAAGACAUUGUUUGGAGUUUGUCAGCAAGAAGGCUCAGUGAGAGGAAUAUAGUGAAAAAAGUGGUUUUUUUUACAGAUUUUGUAGAGCAAAUCUUUUUGGGUCAAAGAGACACUGUGCAUUACAAACAGAUAAGAACAACAGGGUGUUUGAGUUGUACGAUAAAGCUCCUAUGCACACUUCGAUGUUUGUUUAUUAAUAGGAAGGCCCCAUGGCACCACUAAACAAUUCUGUAGCACAUUUACCUCAUUUUAUUUGACAUAAUGGAAAGAGUUAUGGCUACAUAAACUGCUACAAGCACAACAACCUGUACCUCUGAUUAAAGCGAUGACAGCUGUGCUGAUAAAACAUCUGUAUUUCUGCUGUAGCUUUAUCUAACCUUGUUUUAAUGUCCUCCACAAGCCUGAGGACACUAUAAAAGUGUGAUAGAAAAUUGAUACAGCAUAACCAUGUUAGUUUAUCGUCUAAUAUCAUCAUUAAUGUUGCAUGCCGUUUUAAUUUCCUUGAGUUUUGUAUAUAACUACAACCUGAACAGGUGCUGUUUGAAUCCCUGCCAACAGCACCCACUGCUCAGAGGUGCACCUGAUGCUUAUUCAAGGUGGUUUAGAGAUCAUCUUGUGUAAAUAGCCCGGAGAGUUUGAAUAAAGCAAAUGUUACAUAAUUCCAGGCAAUGUGCUAUAUAUAUUUAUAAUGGCUUUAUGAAUACUCUGUUUGAAUGUCAUUACAGUAAUAGCUAUGAUAAUGUUGAGUUAGCUUUAAAAUGCACCCCAGCGUCCUUAUAUUAGUGAUUAAGCCUUUUCACCCACACACACACACACACACACACAUAUAUAUACACUUCCCUUUUUUUAAACACCUACACUCUGCAGACUUUACAGGGAAACAGAAAGAAACAAAAAGUUUUUAGUCGGACAAACAGGCUGUCUCUGCUCAUAGCUGAGCUCCUGAAACAAAGCUGCUCCUGAGUCCUGAAGCCUGUUCUCAGUGUUUGUUUUCUAUGAAGCUCUUGUUCAAACAUUUAUUCUUUGAUCUGCUUUGAGGGCUAAUCCCGGGCUAAUCCCAAUAUGUGUUUAAAACAAUAAACUUAAGUAUUAUGAUACUCCGUCUGGGACAUAGGGCCAUAUCAUUAAAGAUGGCUGUUUAUUUUCAUUAUUUGAAUAUAUUUUAGACUGUAUUUACAGUGGUUAUGAGGCUUAAAAUAACGUUUGGGGAUUGUUAUAAAGCACUUUAAAUGCAUUUAUAAGGGUUUAUCAAUGUGCUAUUAAUGAAUUGUAAGUACAAAAAUGAGCUUUCAACUCCCACAGCCACUCACAAACACACACACACACACACACACACACACACACACUCACACACUCACAUUUCUCCAGUAGUAGUGCUCCAGGUCAUUUUUUUUUGUUCAAGGCUGUCAUCUGUGUGUGUGUAUAACAGCAAUAAUUAUGGUGUGUCAUUGUGUUCACUUCUGGUGACUGUGUUACUAAUAUUGCCUCUGACACCCCCCCCCCCUCUCUCUCUUUUUCUGCUCUCUUUCUGUCUCCUCCCUCCUCCUGCAGCCUAAUGAAGUGGCCAACACUCUGUGUGGAUACCAGGUGCUGCAGAAAGAGGUGAGAGCUCAGAGACGGACUAACAGAAGUGAUCUAAAAGAGCACAGCAGUCUCUCCUCCAGCCUGAACACUGAAAAUAGAAUUAUGAUUAUUUUCAUUCAUGCUAAAGAGUUAAACAUUUAAAUAUUUGUUUGGUACCACAUGACUGUUUUGAUAUUUUAUAGUAUGAAAAAUUGUGACUUUCAGUAUGAGGAAUGAAUACCCACAUCUGAAAUAACUUGAUACCAAACCAGCAGUGUAUUUGUCCUCUUUACAUUAUCUGAUUAACUUCUGUUCUUGAGUUUAUUUACCCAAAAAUGAUUUUAACGUCUUAAAUCACAGCCGUUCAUAAGAACUUAUUUUUCUGUCUCAUAGCGUUUGGAUUUGAUUGACAUCAUCCAUAUCAGAGGCUGCACUGAUGCUUUCAUCAUUUGGCUGACGGACAACUAUAAGAUUAUGGCUGGACUGCUAUUGGGGAUCCUGCUGCCUCAGGUAUAUACACACAAAAACUACUAUCUGCUCAAAGCAGAUUUAAUCAUGUCUUUGGUGCCACUCUAAAGUCACACAGGAAGAGCAACGACAGUUUCGCGUCAGACUCAGAGUCUGUGCAGCAGAAUGAAUUUCUCUGUAGCUGAGAUUGUCUGGUGGGAUGGGGGUUUGUCUGAUUGCUUUGGGGGCGUAAUGAUAGAUCUUUGCUCAUGCGCAUGCUGUACUUAUGCAUAUACCAGCAUACUUAAAGUUGUGUUCGGAUCAACCUUGGGUCUGGUGAAAUGAAGCAGAAAUGCCAUAAACUGUAAUUUUCCUAGUGCUCGUCUGAGGCUCUCUGCAAAAAUACUGGAAGCCCCUUACAGACGGAUUCAUUUCUAAAGUAAACAUAAACAUGUCUACAGCCUGGUUCAAACGCUUUAGUCUGAAUAGCUCGGUUCAGUCCUGGGGGUCAUUUUUUACACUGUGUUCAUUUGAAGAUUUUAAGUUUAUGACUUUGGCAACACAGAGGCAUGACUGAUAUGAUUGAUAGCCUCAGCUCCGCCUCUUUGCUUUACUAUGGGUCGUCUGACAGUUAGACUGAGUCAGCAUUUCCAAUAUGGCAACUCCUGCUAAUAGGCUACAAAACUCUGCUUAAGAAAUAACCAAGACUAUGUUCAUGUUUAUACAGUCUUUGGUUCGGAUGUUUGCACAGCAGCACAUGCAGAGGGUCUGGUGAUGUCCGCCAACAUAAAUCUGGUCUGAUGAACAAACAGAGUGGACAGUUUGUCUAACAGAUCUGAUUUAAGGAACAGAUCCCCAACCUCACCUCACCUUACCUCACCUCAUCUCACCUCGCUGAAGAAAUAACCCAUAACCCAAAUCAUUCACUUGCACCUGAACUGAUUGAUUUACAUUAAACAAACUGAGGAUUUCUUAUCAUAUUAUGUUUGAUCUGAUCCCACCACAUCUAUUUUAUCUGAGCUUUAAUCAGUCCUCAGAGGACAGUGUUGUUGGAUCUCUGUGCCUCUGACUUCAGUAUGGUUGUGGAAAUCAGAAGCAAAAGGACAUACAUCUUUAAGUAGAUCAGCCCAGCUCACUAUGUGAGAGAUUUAAAUUGCUGCCUGACGGGUACAUCUGAAAACUGCAUCUGCUGCUUCAUCUGUCAUAAAAUGAGCCUCAAUUUUCACAUCUCAUACUUUGCUUUCCACCGUGUCGUAUAUAUAUUUACAUCAAACAGACACAAUUUUCUUACAUCUAUUUCCUUCUACAAGAUAUUUGAGGCUUUCUGACUUUAAAAGAUAUUAUCUAGAAAAUACUGUGGCAUCCAGACUCUAACCUAUAAAAUACAUAACCUCUCUCCAUUACAGUCAGAUCUGUCACUUCCUUUUACAUCCAGGUAAUUUUAUCAAACACACUCGAAGAUGUGGGCAUGGUAAACAUCUGUCAUUGUUGUUCUUUAUCUUUCAUUCAAACACAGUACAUGAAUGCAAACACACCCACAGCCAUUGACAGCUACAAAUAACUGGAUUUACGUAACCUGUUGUGUUGGAAAAAAUGUGCUUCCUUGUUUAUUCUCCCACUUUUCUUGGAUGUGCAAUCUUGAUGUCAAUGUGAAACAGACAAAGACAAAAACGUCAAGAUCCAAGAAAAGAAACUUCAGUCAUUUAUUGCAUUAAUUCUUCUCGUUUACUGAUCACAGACUCUCUUGCUCUCUCUUUUUCCAGUUCUUUGGUGUGAUAAUCAGCUGGCUGUACAUUACGCGUGUUGAAGAUGCCAUCAGUGAAUACGGUCACUACACAGACGGACUGCUGAGCUCGAGCUCACAAAGCAGAGCAGCCAAGAAGCAGGGCCAUAUGGCCAAAUGGUUUAUGUGUAUGCCAGAGAUUGACUGAAGGACACUCAACAAAACUCUGCGAAUGGACUCUGACCAACACUCACAGGUGUUUAGAUUACAGCCGUCAAUUCAGCUGCUGCAGUCGCUGUGAGUGGGGGUUUUUGAUCUUUUAUUCCACGAUGGAGGGAGGAAAUGUUUUUAUGAUGUUAUUUUGUGUUUUUUUUUUUCUGAAGAUGAAUUAAAAAAAAGAGGUGAAUUUUGAGUAGUUAUUAUUCUGGUUUCAUCUGUGUAUCCAAGAAAGAUCCUCUGUGCUAUUAAUAAUAAUUACUGCAUUAAGAUACAGUGUACUAAUGCACGAGUGGGAGAUAAUAGCUCCUUUAGAUGUGUGCUUUUAACCUCAGUGUGCCUCAGACUGUCUCAGGGAUAAACACACAAACCAAAAAAAAAAUUUGGAUUGUGGUUUAAUGAUAGUUCAUGAAAUAAGGUUACGUUUAGCGCUGACCUCUGUUCCUAUCUUCUUUUUUUCCAUUGCCAUUUAAAACCUGGACUCUCUUUUUUUCUGUCAUUUGAAAGCAGGACACAUUUGUCUGAUUUGUGUUCAGGACUGCAAGUACUGCUUUAAUUUGAAGUGUGAUCCUUUAUACAGCCAUUAUUUACACAAAACCCUGCAUAUUCCUCUGUGACCACAAGUGCCAAAACCUCCACAGUGAGUGCAGGAUACACACAUGCUUACUUCUCAGAUUUAUGAUACAUAUUGUCUUCAUCAAAGCGUCAUUUGAAAACAAAUCAGCUGUUCAUCUCCAGUCAUUUUUCUGCUGUAAUUGGAAAAUGCAAAGCAGGUCUGGCUGUGUGGAGAGCGAGAGUCUUCAUAUUUGACAGGUUUUCAGCUUUAUGUGUAUUUAAGAGAUGAGUUAUAACGCAGUAAGACCCCCAUAACAAGCAGAUAUCUCAGGGUUAUUGUAAUCACAGUGGCUCAGUCUCCUGGAAAACUUGUUUAUGUGCCUUUAAUUUGCAGCAAACAUUUUUCAAUCUCCUUGAGUGAACCUUCCCAAAAGCAUAAAUAAAGUUGUAUCUAAUCUAAUCCUGAAUUUGGAAGAAAGUUGAAUUUGAAUUAGGGAUUAUUGAGUCAAACAUUUGCAGUGUGUCUAUAUGAAGAUGUUCCCGGAAUUUCAAAAAGUUUGUGUCUGCUCAGACUGUUCAGCCACUGUCUUGUAACCUGAAAGUUUUCUGACUGCAUUCUGUAAAUUGACUAUUAAAACAAAAUGAAGAAGCCAUUGAAUUUACCGGAAAAAAAAUUAGCUUAAAUCAAUCACAAAUGAUAUUUCCAGGAAAUAGCAAAGCACGUAGACUCUUCUGUGUAUUGCCUUAAAAUAUUACAGCAUAAUAUUCAGUGUGUUAAAAAGUUUUGCAUAUACAUUUUAAGUAGGAAAAGGUUAUAAAUAUGAAUUUCAUGUACAUAUGAAUCUUGUAUGGUUUGGUGUGAAGCUUGAAUCUUGCCAAAAAAAGUGAAAUCUUAUUUGCAGUAGAUUUCUUGUUGUUGAAAUCUUCCACCUUUGUGUCAGUAGAUCACUUCUCAUUCACAAUCAUGGUUCAUGCUGUUCUUACAACACUGUUAUAACCCCCCUGCCAGCAUUUCCUGAUUGAUUCAUUUUUUUAAAACUAUUGUUUCUAUUGUAGAAAUAAACACAUAGACCAGGCUGCAAAGACUGGACAUAAUAGCCUUAUUUGCACUGUAGGGUCAGAGUGCGGCAGUCGAGCCAAAUGGUCAUCAGUCCAGGCUGAAUCAGCUCAUUUUUCUGAGUUAAGAAAAGUUUAAGUGAAUCAGGAAGUUUUUAUUCAGGUUUGAAGGUUUGUGAAGCCAUUGCAUUGUGAGUUGAAGAUACAUUUCUUGAGCUGUUUCAGGGUUUAAUUAUUUGGUGCUAUGGUCAUUUCUUACAGCACGUCUGCCAUCACAGUAUCUCGACGAAAAAGAUUUUUUUUAACAUAUUUCUGUUGCAUUGAACAUGUCAUAUUCAUCAUGUAACAGCCCUUCUUUGGUUUAAAGGCAGGAGAGGGAAAAGACUAUUAAUGAUGAUGUGAUGGAUUUGAAAUGAAGACUUUAUAUUGGUUAACUCCCAUAUCACUUUAUGUAUCCACCUUAUUAACCUGGACAUUCUUACAGUAAUGAGUUUCAAGGACUGAUCAGAUAAGUCCCUCAACAGUUAGUUUAUCAUAUAAUAAUCGUGAUCCCUCUUUCUUUUUUUUUUUUUAGUUUGUGUCAUUGUUUUUGUGUUCUUCUAAAUCCUAAAUAAAUUGUUUCUUACUCAUCA